AUGUCCCCCGCCAUGCACGUUGCGACCCUUAAAGCUCAAUCUGCCGAGAAGGUUGAAGCUGUUAAGAAUGCCUUCAAAAGUCGACAAGCUUUCGUGGACUUUGUAAGCGUUCAAGAUACUGCACUCGAUCAACAUGGCCAUCCGGGCUCGAAGAAGACUUGGUCCAACGAAGAUCUUGAUCCAACACCUCCUGAGAAACGGACAUGGCGUUGGUGGAAUUUCGUUACCUUCUACCUGGGACUCUCCUUUGGUAAUUGGACUUUGGGCUCGACUAUGGUAGGAAUUGGUCUCAAUUGGUGGCAGGCUAUCAUUGUCAUCUUUGUGUCUCAAGUGGUCAGUUCGAUCGCCAUGUACUUCAACAGUCGAUGCGCUUCAGUGUACCAUAUUGGAUAUCCUGUAGUAGCCAGGAGUGUUUUCGGAAUGUAUGGAUCAUACUACUUUGUUGGAGCUCGAGCUGGCUUGGCCAUUAUCUGGUAUGGUGUACAACCAAAGAUCGGACUUCUAAAGCCUCAUCCUAUCUUGAAUAUGCAAUCCUCUGCUGUCUUUAAAUUUUCUGCUAAUAUGCCAACAACAACAGUGUUCUCCGGUGCGAGCUUCAUGAGUAACAUCUUGCGAUGCAUUUUCGGACACAACUUCACUGAUAUCCCGAAUCGUAUUCCUGAAUCGAUUGGUAUCUCAUCUGCCAAUAUGCUCGCCUUCUUUCUCUUUUGGCUAGUCCAUUUUCCAUUCUGCGCCUUCCGACCAUAUCAACUGCGAGCUUUCUUCUGGUUCAAAUCAAUCGUUGUUCUACCAGCCGUAUUUGGACUCUUUAUUUUCUGCAUGGCCAAUACGAAGGGAAAAGUCGGGUCGGUAUACCAGAGCACACUCGGUGAAGGGGCUGCCUAUGGAUGGUUCAUUAUGUACGGCAUCAACAGUGGUAUGGGUAAUACUGCAACUUUGAUCACAAAUCAGCCAGAUAUCGCGAGAUGGAGUGCGACGAAAUCGGGUGCACAAUGGUCACAACUUCUCACCCAACCCCUGUCCGUGACGCUAUCUGCCACAUUUGGAAUUUUAGCUACAGCUGCGAUUAACAACAAUUGGGGUUUGGAGAUUUGGAAUCCUUGGGAUUUGCUGAGCGCCAUUCUGGAUAGGUACUGGUCGGGUAGCACACGCUUUGCUGUGUUCUUGUUGGCAUUCUGCUGGAUGGUCUCCAUUCUUGGCACAAACAUCGCGGCAAACAUGAUUCCAUUCGGUGCGGAUAGUACCAUGUUAUUUCCUCGGUUCCUCACAAUUCCCCGUGGGCAAUAUGUCGUGGAGUUUUUGGCUUUCGCCAUCUGUCCAUGGAAGAUUCUUGCGUCUGCAUCGGUGUUCACCACUUUCCUUUCGGGUUAUGGAAUAUUCAUGGCUAGCGUCGUUGCAAUAAUGAUCUGCGAUUAUUAUGCACUCACCAAGGGCAAUGUGUUCAUUGGUCACCUUUACAACGGCUCGAAGACAAACAAACAUUACCAUUAUUAUCAUGGCUGGAAUGUACAGGCGAUUAUUGCAUACCUUUGUGGCGUCGCGCUCCCUUUUCCAGGAUUUGUUGGAACGCUAGGUGCAACCGUAUCGACCGGUGCGACGAAUCUCGGGCGCCUCGGAUGGAUAUUAUCAUUCACAGUCAGUUUCGUCGUAUACUUCACACUCUGCAAGAUAUGGCCAACCAAUAAUCAAAGGAUCAUCAAGGAGAUGGGUCUCGGAUGGGAAUCACAGUAUGGUGAUGUGGUAGUUGCGGGAGAUGGAACACAUGUUUUAGAGCAGGGAGGCACGGUUCAAGCAGUCAGUGAUGAUGAAUCUGCCAAUAGAUCGACGGUAGUAUAUGGAGGAGAGAAGGAGGAUCAAGACCAAGUAAAUCUACGAUAA